GCAGGGCCAACCGUAGAUGAGGCCUUGACUCUCGAAGACGCCCGCGGCGAGCCACCGCGGGCCCCAUGGUACUGCGGAAGCCAUGGGCACCAGCUUGCGCCAAGAUGUGGUCCAGGGUCCCCCAAGGCGACCCCGAGAUGAUCACGCUCGAUCGUCCGUAGCCGUUGCGGCUGAAGCCACUCUGCCUUCAGACUCGAGGCCGCCGCAGAGCAGCCCCAAUUCUAUCAUUGUGCAUCCGCCGUUCGCAGACAUGACCUCAGGCGACAGUCACCGGCUUGAGGAGGCCAGCGAGGAAUCUGCGUCAGAGGCCCCCGUGCCACCUUCGAAAGCCAAGGCGUGCAGGGCGUUUCUCGCCGUGACUGCGCUGGCAUCGACAGGCGCAGUAUCGGCGAUCGGCUUUCUUGCAAAGCCUACAAGCCUCGCGCAGGCUGACGUGCCGAAUGCGAUCGUGAAGGACGGCAAGAGCGGUGAAGCGUAUGCUCUCUACCACAUCAACCACGAUGGCGAUGUAAAGUCUAGCAGUGGCGUCAACUAUGGUGUCGCUCAAGUCGUUAAUCGUGCCACCACCUGGGAUGAGGCCGACAAGCUUACGGCGGGUGGCGCAUGGAUGCUCACCAAGUAUGAGAGCGGGAAGGAGUACGUUUGCAAGACUAGCCCUGGUCCAGGCUGGGUCCAGAACGGAGAGACAUAUGAGGACUAUUGGAAGCCAGUGUUCGCAAGUCUUGCGGAUAAGCAGGGCUUUGAUGCAUAUGACAAGCGAAUCUGCGAGAGGGGUUAUGCCCUCUACCACGUCGAUCACGAUGGCGAUGUGAAGUCCAGCAGUGGCGUCAAUUAUGGUGUUGCUCAAGUCGUUAAUCGUGCCACCACCUGGGAUGAGGCCGACAAGCUUACGGCGGGUGGCGCAUGGAUGCUCACCAUGAGAGAAGGUGGGAAGGAAUACGUUUGCAAGACUAGCCCUGGUCCAGGCUGGGUCCAGAACGGGGAGACAUAUGAGGAUUAUUGGAAGCCAGUGUUCGAAGGCCUUGCCGAGAAGCAGGGUUUCGCCAAACAAGGCACGGGGCUCUGUGAGGGCUCGUCCUGAGCAGAGUACUGAGGCCAUGUAGAUACUUUUCCUUCGAGGUCGACUUUUUUAUGAUGCGUCAUGAUCCAUUGUGCCGCUCACGAUGCAAAGCCGAUCUCACAUUUCAUGAUCCCCUUUCCGGCUGAGAUGGUUUGAGUUUCUAGCCUUCUGGAGCUGAUCAGGUCACGCCUGCCCAGCGGACCAAGCACUCGCCAAGUGGAGCUGGAGAGCUGAUGCGUUUCGCAAGCGUCUGCGCCGAACCCGCGCCCUUGUGCGGUCUCAGAGCCUGGACGCUUGCGCGGGUGCUCCUGCGGAGCGCCCCAAAGAGAUCACAUUGUGAUUACAGCAUGGGAGCAAAACGUAGGGUGACGCAUGAAUGUCGCGGCAUGGCGGCUGGGCGGUAUGCGCCAUUAGCGUGGGCUUGCGCUCUCAAGUCCCAUCCAGGACGCCGGCUCAUGAUUCAACUUCCUGCAGGGUCAUGGUCUGGGUCAUUCAAUUGGCUCGAUCCCGGAGUAAUGGGCCCAGGUGUUGCCGCCUCCCCCAGUGGGAUGUCGGCGCGACUCUUUUCCUCCGCGAGGCGCGCCGUUCGCCACCGACACUGCCGACGGAGUGUCCCAGGACGGCUCCCGACGGCCCCCACGCGGUGUCAGAGGGCCCCAGCGCCCCCAGAGAAGACAUCGAUGGACACCCCAGAUGGUGCUCAUGAG